AUGAACUUAGUAUCCGGAGCGACCUCCUCUUAUCACCCGAAGCUUCCUCCCAACCACGACAAGCUUCAUCCCACCCACGACCAGCUUCCUCCCAACCACGACCAGCUUCCUUUCAACCACGACCAGCUUCAUCCCAACCACGACCAGCUUCCUCCCAACCACGACCAGCUUCAUCCAAACCACGACCAGCUUCCUUUCAACCACGACCAGCUUCCCCCCAACCACGACCAGCUUCCUCCCAACCACGACAAGCUUCAUCCCACCCACGACCAGCUUCCUCCCAACCACGACCAGCUUCCUUUCAACCACGACCAGCUUCAUCCCAACCACGACCAGCUUCCUCCCAACCACGACAAGCUUCAUCCCACCCACGACCAGCUUCCUCCCAACCACGACAAACUUCCUUUCAACCACGACCAGCUUCAUCCCAACCACGACCAGCUUCCUCCCAACCACGACAAGCUUCAUCCCACCCACGACCAGCUUCCUCCCAACCACGACCAGCUUCCUCCCAACCACGACCAGCUUCACCUCGACACAAAAGCCAUCCACCGACGCCGCCAACGCGCUCACGCAACGCACGCACUCGAGGCCAUCGACCUCACCUUCUCGCCCUACGGCAGAGGCUCUCAGAUCACACUCGAGGAGGGAACGGCGGCCCAAUCCUAA